CCUGCGGUAGUGACCGAGUCUUGUACCACCGACCAGACCAGUUAAUCGAUCAGCGCUGAUCGAUUACUUCUCAUCGCCGAGGAUGAGUCGGUAGGAAGCUAACCGCAACGGGUAUGUUAAUACCCGGGUGGGUAUUAACAUCUCUCCGUGUCCGCGGAGUCUCCACCGUCACCAACCGAUGCGUGGCUGUGGGUGUUCCGUCGGUCAGCCCGGUUAGCUUAGCAUGGAGGAGCUAGUUGUCUUUAGCUCGGCAUCGGUGUAUUUAUAUCGCUCUUAUGUGAAAGCGCAGCUCGCUUAGCUAGCUACAGCUAGCUCUGUAGCCGUUAGCUUAGCUGGAUACAAUUCGCUCUGUAGCCGUUAGUUGCCGUUAGCUUAGCUGGCUACAAUUAGCUCUGUAGCCGUUAGCUUAGCUGGAUACAAUUUGCUCUGUAGCCGUUAGUUGCCGUUAGCUUAGCUGGAUACAAUUUGCUCUGUAGCCGUUAGUUGCCGUUAGCUUAGCUGGCUACAGUUGGCUCUGUAGCCGUUAGUUGCCGUUAGCUUAGCUGGCUACAGUUAGCUCUGUAGCCGUUAGCUUAGCUGCCGUCAGCUGUCAGGAUGAAUGACGCGGGACAAGAAAUGUCUCCGGACUUCGUCUUCAUGCGUCUCGUGUCCGCGGCGGAGUACGACCGACUGCUACAGCCGGACCACCGGAUGUCGGGGAGCGGCGGCCGCGGGCCCGUUAAAGCUGCAGCGGGUCGGUUUGAGAGGGGCCCCAGCGGCCCCCCGCCGGACCUCGGCUCGGCAUCCCCGCGUUACAGCUCUCCUCUCCCCGGGAAAGGUGAGCUGGCCGGCGGGCUGGUGAUGACGCAGGCCUCGCAGUCUCCGGAGGACUUCGCCGUGGCGGCGCAGCGGUUCGUGGACUAUCCGGUUCAUCCCGGGUCCGGAGGGCAGCUGAUGGUGUUUAAGAACCUGCUGCGGUUCGGAGAUCAGAUUCCGGAGACCCAGGGGGAGAGACCGCAUCUAGACUCUGGAUCCGCUGCCGGCAGCACUACAGCUGGUCCCGGACCUGGAGGUGGGAAGGACCGGAGCUUUUACUGCGUUCCCUCUGCAGAGGAGAACCUGCAGCCGCCGGUCCUCCAAUGGCACCCUGUCCUGGGAUUAUCCAAGGGGUCCCCGACCUCCCAGCUGGACGACCUGGCUAUGGACCCUGAGUCCGGGGCGGUCCUCCGACACCGCCUGGCUAAGUGGCCCCCGGGCCUGCUAAAGCCCAGUAGGGACUACUGCUCCGGGGAAGAUGACCCGGUUCUGACCGUAGCACGGAGGCUGGAUCAGCUGGGUGAGGGGGCCGAGGAAGGAGGGGGUUUGGCAGGUGAGACGGCGCUGCCGCUCUCCCAGUGCUCUUGUCACAGUUUCCUGUCCGGGAGGUCGGGGGUCACUGGGCCUUCCGAGAAUCCGAGUGAGACCAGUGACGCCUUGCUGGUUCUAGAAGGUCUGGAUUUUGAGGGUCCAGGGGGAGGAGGGGACUCUUGGAAGGGGGAUAGGGUGGGGGGAGUCCUGGGGGGGGACGGGCCUGUGUUCUCCAGUGGGACCCUGAGCGGUCUGAUGCAGCAGGUCCACAGACUGGCGCAGGAGGCGGGUCUGUGCACCAACCAGCACUGCCAGUCAUCCCUGGUGAACCUCGGUGCCACAGUUCCCACCCCCUGCAAUGCAGACUCCCACCCCAGCAUCCGGUACCAGUCCAGCUCCCAGAGCUGUGCCACCACCCCAAAACUUGGUGGGGCCUUGGGGGUGACUGGGUGGCCCUCCUCCCCCCUGGUGGUCCUGGAGGAAGGGUUCGGAGGUGAGGAGCAGACGCAGCAGAGAAAGUCCAAGAAGGGGGGCUCCCUGAAGGCCCGACUUAGUAAGCUGUUCAGAACCAGGAGCUCGGGAGGAGGGGGGGACAGGAGGCCCUCCUUGGCUUCUUCAAACUCGUCAGGGGGAAGUCUCCUGGACGUGUGGGGGUCCAUCUCCAGCAACAAGGAGUCCGACGGCAGCAGGCUUCAGAUCUCCAAACCUCACCGUGACUUUACACCUGCUUUCACUGGUGACACGGUGUCUCUGGUUGAUGUGGAUAUUUCUUGGAAGGGGUUGAGCUUUGUUCACCCUCCCACAUCCCUCCGCCCUCCCAGGCGGAGCCUCAGUCUGCUUGAUGACUUUGGUGGUCCGUUAACGGGCGUGUCCAUGCAGUCCCUGCCCCCCCUACCGGUGGAUCUGCCCCCAUCUCUCAGCAGCAUCCAACACAGCCUGAGCCUCAACGACACCUUCAUGAGGGCUCUGCCAAGGCUGGUCCCCCAACGUCCCGGCACCCCUCCCAGACUGGGCGCCCCCUGUCCCCUGGGUCCACCCGACAGCUUUGCCUCCAGCCUCAGAGAGCUUGAGAAGUGGGGCUGGUACUGGGGUCCUAUGAACUGGGAAGAUGCGGAGCUGAAGCUGAGAGGGAAACCAGACGGGUCGUUUCUGGUUCGGGACUCUUCAGACCCAAAAUACAUCCUGAGCCUGAGCUUCAGGUCCCAGAAGGUCACACACCACACCCGCAUGGAGCACUACCGAGGGACAUUCAGUCUGUGGUGUCAUCCUAAGCUGGAGGACCGCUGUCUCUCUGUGGUGGAGUUCAUAGAGAGAGCCAUCAUGUACUCCAAGAACGGGAAGUUCCUCUACUUCCUGCGCUCCAGAGUCCCCGGUCUUCCCCCGACCCCGGUCCAACUCCUAUAUCCAGUCUCGAGGUUCAGCAGCGUUAAAACGCUUCAGCAUCUCUGUCGCUUCUGCAUCAGACAGCUGGUCCGGAUAGACCACAUCCAGGAGCUGCCCAUGCCUAUGCCUCUGAUCGCCUACCUGGGGAAGUUUUAUUACUACGACUCUGAGGAGGAGGUGAGCCCGUCCCUGAAGGAGAGAGGACUGGAAACCCAGGGGUGCCUGGUCCAGCAGGUCCAACCUGUGGUCCAGCCUGUCCACCACGGGCUCCAUUCUAACACGUAGCCGUGGAGCCUCAGAUACAGUGGAUGAAUUCUUUUCGUUGUUUUUAAACUGGAAAUACUCAAUCAGCUGACUGAAGGACUGUGAACCAAUAAGCGGCCUCCACUCGGUCGUAUCCGGGCGGCUUUCAUCUAGUAGUCACUCGGUGGAUGUGGGGACUCCGCCUCUCUCGUGAUGUCAUUGCGGGGCAGCUGGACUAUUGUUGGCAUCACUGUCAGCGAAGCGUUUGGAUCCAGACAGGAAACUCAACCCUGAAGUUCAGUCUUCUCAACUCGAGGUCUCCUGACCGAUUGUCCUGGAGCUCUCAUGGAUCUUCAUCACCAUCUUUACAGUACUAAGCUGCUAGCACGUUAGCUAUAUGCUAACGCUCAUCAGUUUCCUGUUUAUCUCAGUAUCAGGGUUUCAGGUAGCGCGCUAGUUAGCUCAGUGGCUAACUGCCGAUGCAACCACAUUACAAGCUACGAUAGCUUCUCUCGUCCAAUCGGCGGUCUGCUCUGUUCUGAUUGGUCAGCAGCACAAAUUCAAGUCCGAUCUCUGUGGAUCUGAAGAGGAGCUUCUUCUAACUGAUGGGACUUCCUCCGUUAGGGAGUGUGUUCGCUCACUGUGAUGUCAUCGAGACAGAGACUACGUGUAGGAAUGUACGUGUUUAUUAAACACCAGGGAUCCGUAUCUACGUCUUUAUAGUGAGUCAGUGCAGCGGUUACGCACUGCGAGUAUUCCUGUAUAGAAUCGGUGAAUACUGUGAGACCUGUGUGGAUGUAGCAGACUGAUCAUGGUGAAACAGUCCUUGACCUUUAUGAACAAACAUGAGGCUUAAAGCAGCAGGUUGGCUGUUCAUUGGUCAGUGGAUACCGUUUUAUUUAGUCCACUGGAGAUAAUAUACACAUGGUAAACAAUUACAUCAUUUCUCUUGACAUUAUCGUAUAACUUCAAAGUCAGGCUGUCAAUAAAUGAACUAAUCAUUCCUAUUUAAGGUUUUUUUUGUAAACACUUAUAAACUUAUAAAAGUAUCAAUUAAACAAGUGUCUAAAAUA